AUGGGUGAUUUACACGAGUUACUAGUGAAACUGUGGGAGCAGGAAACUGUCCCAACCGAUUGGAACCGCUCCGUCAUGGUCCCAAUUUUCAAAGGAGGCUCACGAUCGGAAUGCGGCAGCCAUAGAGGAAUCAGUCUGAUCUCCAUCGCCUCCAAAUUGCUUGCCUCUGUCAUCUUUCACAGACUGACUGGCACUCGUGAAAGCCAGAUUCGUGAAGAGCAAGCUGGAUUUCGUCGAGGUCGUGGCUGCAUUGACCACAUCUUCACCUUGCGUCAGUUGUUGGAGCACCGCCACAUAUACUGGCGGCCCACCGUUGUCGUGUUCCUCGACAUCAAAGGUGUAUUCGAUUCGGUGGAUAGACAUGCACUUUGGGACUGUCUACUCAGGAAAGGUGUGCCCGAGAAAUAUGUGAAUAUUAUCCGAGCAUUAUACGCGCGUAGCUCGGGCAGAGUGAGGGCUUACGGCAAGUUGUCGUCGCUCUUUAAUAUCUCUAGCGGCGUGAGACAAGGAUGUCCGCUGUCACCUUUCCUCUUCAACUUCGCUGUUGACGAAGUCAUUGAAAUCGCGUUCACAGGACAUGACUUAGAAGGUGUGGAGCUACUACCAGGUGAACGACUUCUUGAUUUAGCGUAUGCUGAUGAUAUUGCCCUGAUCUGUGACAGCUCACAAACGUGCCAAGCGGCACUGGACAGAUUAGCAAUAGCUGUCCGUCACUUCGGGAUUUGCUUCGCACCCUCGAAGUGCAAAGCGUUCCUCUAA